AUGGCCUCCCGCACCAUCACGGAGGUCCGCAGGGCGACUUCGCGCCCGAGAGCCGAAGGCGCUGGGCGGCUGACGACCGGCAUUCAGCGGCACGACUCGCUGGGCGACCUCGAGCAGAAGACCUUGAGCCCGCGCGAGCGCGCCGACCGCGUGGCCAAGGAGGUGGCCCUGGUCGCCCGCCUGUCCGUCAAGCUCUGGUCGCACCUGGGCCUGGGCUGGAGAUGGAAUGUGGCUGCCUGGCAGCUUAUCCUGUAUGCCACAUUUCUCAUGCCCGGUAUGAUUCAGGUGGUGUUCUACUACUUCUUUUCACGCUCUGUGACCAGAAGCAUCAUCUAUGGCAGGGAGCCACGCAACAGGCUCGACUUGUACAAGCCUUCUUCAAGAGAGCAUGGGCGGCCUUGGCCUGUCGUUGUCUUUGUCACAGGUGGGGCUUGGACCAUUGGAUACAAGGCCUGGGGUGCCCUGCUUGGGAAGAGACUCAGUGAGCAUGGAAUCCUUGUGGCUUGUUUGGACUACAGGAAUUUCCCCCAGGGCAAUGCUGUUGAUAUGAUGGAGGAUGUCUGCACGGGUGUUGACUGGGUGCUGAGGCACAUCGACAGACAUGGAGGGGACCCUGAGAAUGUAUACUUGUGUGGCCAGUCCGCUGGUGGACACCUGCUUGCUCUUGCCCUGCUUGCACAGGCAGAGCACAAGGCAACAGGACAUUGUUCCCUGUUGAGGGGCCAAACGUGGGAUCCAACGAGAGCUAGAGGUUUCAUUGGUGUUUCUGGAGCCUAUAGUCUUGACGUUUUGAAGGAGCACCUUCACAGGAGGGGCCUCUACAGAAGUCUAUUUGAAAGCAUAAUGAGCUUGGAUGGAAAGCCUGCCUUGGUGGAGCUGUCACCAACAUACUGUGCAAGGAAAUUGGGGUUGAAAAUGUGUGGCAUGCUACCAGAGAUACUGCUGUUGCACGGGAAGAAUGACAAGUCCGUUCCAUACUUUUCAUCUUGUUCAUUCUCCGAGGCGCUCAACUCUGGAGGGGUCAAAUGUGAAUGCCGACUUUAUGAAGGGAAGUCGCACACCGACCCGCUCGUGGAUGAUCCGCUCAAAGGUGGUCGAGAUUCGCUAAUGGAAGCCAUUGUGGAAAUGGUCCUGAAGCGCAAGGUCCGAAAAUGGCAGACGCCUAUGAUUCCGGGCUGCUUGGCAAGUGCCGCUGCGGCUGUGUGUCCUUUUUAG